GCAGUGACAGAAGGGUAGGCUUUGGGGAAAAUGGUGGCUGAGGAGUCUCCAGCUCUUUCAUUCUUAGAUUUUCAUACUGUGAAUCACUCGCUGGUACCAUUCUUGGGUCCUUUGUAGAGCCUAGCUUAGUUCUUCUGGGACCAAGGCAGCCUCAGAAAGACCUGGUUUGGAAUGGGAUGGGGUAGGGGCAGGGCUGAGGGAUGCAGGUGGAUAUGGGUGUGUGAGAAAUGCAAGGAAAUCUCCGGAGACACGGAAAUAGACAGAUAAGGGCCAGAGGGGGAGCAUGGCCAGGCCAGAGGAUCAUAGGGAAGACCCAGAUAAGAGAAAAAGGGAGGCUGAAGCGGGGCGAGACGGAGAGGACAGCAGACCAAAUGUGAGAUGGCAGUGGGGGCAAUGGAGAUCUGGGUAACAGGAAGGCCAAGGAGGAAGGAAGGCUCACAUGGAGCAAUCUCCUCUUCCGGCUUGGGAGCGUGGUCCAGAAAGCCCCAAGAUGAGCUGGGAGCAAAGCAAGGUUCAGGUUUCCACUGGAAGGAUUCAGCUGGGGAAGAAACCCCCUCAAUCCCACCUCCCCUGCCUCUUCAGACUCCCAUUUUGGUUUGGGGGAGAGGGUGAGGCUGCUCCUCACUGCGGUCACAGCCACAUCCUGCAGAGCAGGGGAGGGGGAAGUAAGAAGCAAAACAACCAGAACCACAGGCGAAGACCAUGGGGAGAGAACCCUGGACACACGAAGCUGAUACGCCGCCGAGAGGGUCCUGAGUUCAGUGCAGCAGAAGGCUCAGACUCUCAGGACUGUCUGCCUUGAGUGACUGACCACACUCCAGGACCCAUGGAGUCCUUCAGCUCGAAGAGUCUGGCACUGCAAGCAGAGAAGAAGCUGCUGAGUAAGAUGGCGGGUCGGUCUGUGGCUCAUCUCUUCAUAGAUGAGACGAGCAGUGAGGUGCUGGACGAGCUGUACCGUGUGUCCAAGGAGUACACGCACAGCCGGCCCCAGGCCCAGCGCGUUAUCAAGGACCUGAUCAAGGUGGCCGUCAAGGUGGCUGUGCUGCACCGCAAUGGCUCCUUUGGCCCCAGCGAGCUGGCCCUGGCUACGCGCUUUCGCCAGAAGCUGCGGCAGGGUGCCAUGACGGCGCUUAGCUUUGGCGAGGUGGACUUCACCUUCGAGGCCGCGGUGCUGGCUGGCCUGCUGGCCGAGUGCCGGGACGCGCUGCUGGAGUUAGUGGAGCGCCACCUCACGCCCAAGUCACACGGCCGCAUCCGCCACGUGUUCGAUCACUUCUCCGACCCCGGCCUGCUCACGGCCCUCUACGGGCCUGACUUCACUCAGCACCUCGGCAAGAUCUGCGACGGGCUGAGGAAGAUGCUGGAUGAGGGGAAGCUCUGAGAGCCCGAACCCAGUGCAUGCCACCGUGGCAAAGCGGCUGACUGAGACACGAGUGGGCUUCCUAACCCCGCUCCUCCGGUACUAACGCUGUUCCGUCCUCAGGCUUCAUUCCUUCCCCAGAGCGCUCCUGACUCUGAGACCAGCCCGCCCCCAAGCUGCGGGUGGAGAAGGCGCAGCGGAGGGGCGAGGCCUCUGUCCCUCUCCAGCCCCAGGACAGGAAACAGAGCCGCCUGAAAAAGGUGAAGUGAAACUUGGAUCUGUAUUUCUCCCGCGAGGGACUUCUGAAACAGGGAAGCCCCCUCCCAUGUGAACCGAGGAAAGGAGGCACAGGCCAUGUAACCCCUUUGGGGACACUAAAGACAGAAGAGGGGAAGGUCGCCUUAGAGACAGAGCCGGGACAGAUGCCAGAGGCGCUGCUGCCGUGAGGAGGAAGGGGCCAGGGCAAGGGAGCCUCUCGCAGGGGAAAUAAAACGACUAAAAUAUG